AUGCAUUCUCAGUGUAGGUUCACAGCCCUCUCAACCAGCUCCAAGCUGACAGUGAAACCUGAAGUGGACCCUCAGGAGAAUGAAGCUGUUCACCAAUUGGAGUUCACCAAUUGGAACCCCUGGAAUCUGGAGCUCUUAUCUGUUGCUAGGAAAGAGUGGGGUUGGGGGGCAUUGUGGCCCUCUGGUGAGUUCUGGCACAGGUUGCUAGUUAUAAGGGCUCAGCAUCAUAUAGAAGUGCUCAUUGAACAUCGAAAUGGACAGGUUGUGGUUUCAUCAUCCACUCAUGAAUGGGCUAUUAAAAAGCACCUUUACAGUACCAGAAAUUUGGUAGCUUGUGAAAGCAUAGGAUGAGUGCUGGCAGAGAGAUGCUUAGAGGCAGGAAUCAACUUCAUGGUCUACCAAGGAACCCCUUGGGAGGCAGCCUCAGAAUCAGUGAAACGACUACAAAGUGCCAUGACAGAAGGUGGUGUGGUUCUACAGGAACCUCAGAGAAUGCGAAUAAAUAAAAUAGAGGAAUUAAUUGUUUUGAAUGUUAUGGAACUAUCAGCUGCUACUGCCACCAAAAGAGCAUCUGGAAGAACAAACAGCUUGGAAGUUUAUAUCCGGGCGCCGGGCAUCCAGGCGGCAGGGGACCCGCUAGCCGCCCGGGGAGGAGAGCGAGCCCGCAGCCCCGCGGCCGCUCUGAUUGCUGUCUGUGCGCGUUCAACUUCCAGGAGUGCGGCCCGCUGGGGGUGCAGGGGGGGGUCUCCGCCCAGCGCCACCCUGGCCCCCGUGCGGGAAACAGCUGCAGCGCAGAAAGCGCAGCCGGCGCCCGUGGUCUUCCGGCCAGCAGCCCGUGGCGGGGGAGGGGCGGACCGACGCCCGCGUUCUCAGGGCCCCCGCGGCCGGCGGAAGGGCCGCGCAUCGCGGAAGCUCGGCCGCAGCUGA